AGCUCCGGGCUGCCGCCUCCUGCCCGCGUCGGACUGUCAGCCGGGAGCGAGCUGGGCUUCUCCGUGGGAUUUCACGUCUGCCGUAUCGCCUGGGAAACUUCCUCAGCCCGACAUAACUUCGAGCGAAAAGGGGGAGGAAAAAAAAAAAAAAGCCAUUUCCUUUAGUGUUACAGCCGCUGGAAAACACAGCCGACAAGUUCCUCUAAAGAUAUAAUUGCAACAUCACUCCUGUAGAGGAAGCGAGACCUGGAACGUAGGACCGCAGGGAAAGCACUUAAUCUCUACUCCUUUUGUGCAGUGCGAGAGAAGGCAAGGCUGUUCGAUGCCGUGGGACUCUCCGAUGCAGUUUAUGUUGCUUUUUAGUCGCCAGGGGAAACUGAGACUCCAGAAGUGGUAUGUCCCACUAUCUGACAAAGAAAAGAAGAAAAUCACAAGGGAACUUGUUCAAACAGUAUUAGCCCGCAAACCGAAAAUGUGCAGCUUCCUGGAAUGGAGAGACCUGAAGAUUGUCUACAAAAGAUAUGCAAGCCUCUAUUUCUGCUGUGCCAUUGAAGAUCAGGACAAUGAACUAAUAACUCUGGAAAUAAUUCAUCGUUAUGUAGAACUUCUUGACAAGUAUUUUGGCAGUGUAUGUGAACUUGAUAUCAUCUUCAAUUUUGAAAAAGCCUAUUUUAUUCUGGAUGAGUUUCUCUUGGGAGGGGAGGUCCAGGAGACUUCCAAAAAAAAUGUUCUCAAAGCCAUUGAACAGGCAGAUCUUCUACAGGAGAGCCAGAAUGAAGACUGGGGAGGUUUGUCUGAGGAUAUCUUAUGAUUAAGAGCAAUCUAAGACAUUAGCCCUUUUGACCCCCAUCUAGACGAUUGUGCAUUGCAACAUAUUUUUGUCCAAAGCAAAAGUGGAAUACGUUGUGGCAGUCCUACUAAUAAAGCUCACUUUGUAGCAGCCGGUUGGCAGAGAUAAUGCACUGCCUCCCAGAGCGAUUAUCACCUCUGAUCCAGCAGAUCAGAAAUAGCAGCCACGUCAUGAAUACUUUAAUGUCCCAGUGUACUAAAUGGCUUCAUUCAUCAUGCAUGCAGAAUUUCAGAGGAGAUAGACCUGUGCCUUACUCAUGACAGAACAUUAUCAUCAGCUUGGUGAAUCCAGUCAUCUUACAUCUAAUAGAAUACCACAACCAUUCUCUGCUGUUGUACUUUCCUUUUCCCCUUCUGUUUUACAGUGUUGUCUCUUCACAUGUCUCAUUUCAACAAAACGUGUGCUUGUCAGCAUAUGGUUUAACUUUUUUUAUUGUGUGUAAGCUUGAAUUCUUAUGCUUAAAAGUUCUGUAGAAUUGUAUGAACUAAACAUCUAUAUACUGCAACACCUGUACUGUAACACUACUUGACCUGUGUUCAUAGAAUCAUGUAAUAUCCUUUUAAGUGAGUUUUGGUGGUAUUUAAAUGUACCAUUAAAACUGGAAGAUAUUUGCAGAAAAAUUAGUGAAGGAGUAGUUGUAUGUGGAACUGAUACGUAUGUAUACACAAGUAUUAAACAUUGCACAUAAUUCUACAUAGACCUUGCAUCUUGAGUAAGGUGCUUAUAGCAGUAUCUUUUUCUGAAGCUGGUACAAUAGUGUGCCUUAGCUCCAAGAGAGGGAAGAUGGAAUUGUUAGGACAAUAAAAAUGUCUUGUGUAAAUGUGGAAAUUACAUUUGUAUUUUAGUGUUCAAAACAAUGAUGUCAAUAAGCAGUUCCUGUUACUGAGGGAGACCUUACAGGUGGUUGGGAUGGGAAGGAUUUUUAGUACUUGAAAUAUGUCUCCUUCAGUUGAUAUUUGCAGUUUUAAAUGUGGAGUACAGUAUGUGUUAGCAAACUGCCGCAUGCGUAAAUACGAUGAACUUACAGUUAAAAAGAGUGAUCAGAAUAGGGAGAGCAUAUAUUGCACCCUCUGUUUGGCUAGCGGAAGAGAAUAUUUGGUGACCUAAAACUAGUACUAUUUCUGAAAAUUCCUGAAAGGUAAUUAGCAAAGAGUUGGCUACUGAGGUUGACUGUAAGUAGCUAGCUCUGCCUCCUAUAUGUGGUAAUGCACUACAUUUCAAAUGUUAAACUGACAUAAAGAUGAGUUAUUUAGGGGAUGGACAAAAGCUUGGGUUAGACAUGCAGCAUUCUGAAGUUGUGGAAGACAAGAUCAUAGGAGUGGUUUUCCAUUUCCAAGUUUGCCUUUUUUUUUUCCUAAGACAUUAACAAUGUGUCUAAAUGUCUGGUUAAUGCUGCUUUAGCCUGCAUUAUUUCAUGCCUGUUGGCUUCAAAUGCUAUGCAUUGAGCUGUAAUGAGAUGCUGUUUUUCUUGUUACCUGUAUACAGCUGCUUGCUUCUAAAUGACUAGGUAAUGAAUUAGCUUUCCUGGCAUGUUUGAAAUAAAAGUAUUGCAUGCACUUUUGUCUCAUGUGAAUGGCUUUUUUCCUCAUCUGUGUUGUGAUAUAUUUCAUAUUUGCAUCGUUUGCCUUGGGUGGUUCUGAACUGCAGGUAGGGUAUAAUACUGCAGAAUGUAUUCUGUAACAAUUGCAUAAAGUGUUUGACACUUCCUAAGACAAGUAACACAGACAAAAAAUAAUACAAUCUAUUUCAUUUGUUUCUUAAAAGUCAUAAUUAAUGAAAUUAUCCUGGUUAAACACACUAGCUUUUAGAUGUUACAUUGAGAUAAUAUUGUCAGUGUGCACGUAAGGGCAUGUCUGCCUCAAGGCUAAGGCUGUAGUACUAAAACAGUAACGUCUUACUGAGUUUUACCAGUGAGGAGUACGUGUGGGCAAGUAGCCAAUGUCCUUGAAAUACAUUGCUUUACAUUCAUUGUCAACUGAGGAUCUUGAUUUAUUUGAAGAUACUUAAUCUUGAUUUAAGUAUAUGCCUGGUGAAAAUUACCUGCAACUUCCACCAGGCAACAGGGGAUGACAGUGCUGAACUGCUUUAAAGACUGUAGCAGUGGUGUACGGUAUUUCUUCAGAGUUAUUGGGCAACUUUUUUGGUGUAAUUUAAUAAAUGCACUGCAUCACCACUGGCUAGUGGUCAGCUUUCACUCUUGUUUAAUCAGUUUAAAACUUGGAAAUAAUGCUUUAUUGCGAAUGCUUUCGAGACCUGAAAUCCUUGAAAUUAAAUUUUGUGGUUUUUUUUCCCUUUUAUAUUCUCUUGCUAUAAUUGGUUAAAAGUGUAGAGUUGGUUGUGGUUUUUUUGGUGGUUUUUUUUUUUUUUUUUUUAGCAAAAUUCUUGAAGUUAUUGGAAAGGGGGAGAAGCAUAUCCUUUAAAAUGAAUGCAAAAAAAGAGAGCCUUCCUUUCAAGCAGUGUCUCCUUCAGGGAGAUUUCUUUUAAAAUGCACAAGUAAAUCUUAAAGCCUGCCAUACUGUCUGUCUUCAUCAAGGUCACUGUGUUCUAAGCAUAUUUAAAUAUUGCAUCAGUGAGAAAACCCUACAUCCUUAAUAUCCUGAAUACUUUGUGACCAGAUUUAAGUUGCUUUUUUUUUUUUUUCUUAGAGUUUAUUUGGAAGCCACCUCCAAGUGCUCAGCAGCAGCCUUUUCCAAGCGCUGACUUAUUUGCAAGUGAAUUUGCUUUAACAUAGUAUCGCUUUUCCUUCAAUGUUCAAUAGUCUUACACAACUCUCAUUAAAUUCAAUUAAUGUGUAUGUGAUCAUAUUGUGCUACAUAGUCAAAAUUGGUAGAGACUAAGUUCUGAUGUUUACAAGAUCUAAGGCUUUUAAUUAUGUAUUUUACUGACAAAUUAUUGUUAAAAAUAUUUAGGAAAGAAUUGAAAUAUAAUUUGUUUGCUGCUUUAACUGCUAUCUGCCUUCUUCCUGCUUCAUGACAUGUCUUGUUUUAGGAUGCUAAAGAAGCAGAGACCCCACGUAGUGUACUUGAAGAAAUUGGAUUGACAUAAGUCUUCACUUCAGCUGAUGACAUCUCAGUGUUUCAUACUGUAAAUGUUCACUGCCUUCAUUGUAAUGUUUAGCUAAUGGUGUAAGAUGCUGUUUGUCAGUAUUACUGUUUUGCUAAGCUGCUUCAUUCAGGCCUACAAGGGAAAUACUCCUUUGAAAAGGGAAUGAGAAAUUAAAGGCCAAAAAUCAUAAAUGAAAGGGAAUUUGAUUUAAAUUGACUCAGUGUCUCUUCUCACUGCAUUUAUAGAAAAAAAAAAAGCAUUUAAUUUCAAUAAGUGUACUGUUUUUAUAAGCAAAUGACUUCAGGAGAUAAAUGUAUCGUUGACAUAACAUAUCUAAAUGAAAAGAAUACAUGGACACCUUCAAGUAUGAAAUGUUGUAGAAAUUGUGUUUAUGCAACCAAAGACUUUUUGUUCAUCUGCAUUUUUAGUAAAUAGUUGCCAUAAUUCUGCUUUUAUUCAGUUAACGCGUUAAAUUGGAAACAACUGUUUACUUCUGAAUUUGCCAUUAUACCAAAGAAUCCUGUUAGGAUCUGCAUAUCCAACUGGUUAAAACUGUUAAGGUGGCAUUGCUUUUUGCAAGACAUCUGCAAACUGAUCAUUUACUAGCAGUGAAAGUGUAUUUACAUGUAAUUAUCUUGAUGAAAACUGUGCAAGUUACUAUAUUAAAAAGGGAAUGCAUGUAGUUUAAAAAAAAGAAAAAAGAAAAAAUAUCAAAAUGGGGAAACUAUUUUUAAACCAGUACUGGCUUGCUCUGAACAUAGGCACACAAAAAAAAGGGAAGUAGCCUUUUUGACUGUAUAGAGAGGUACGUAAUGAAAAUGGGAUACUUUUGAACGUGGGAGCUUUACAAAAGGGAGUUUUUAUGAUUUUCUUUUGAAUUCUACAAAUUAAUUUGUAUUUAUUCGUGUUUUGUAGUUACGCUUUAAUGGGUGUCUGAGCACCUUUAAGAAAAAGCAUCAGCUUAAUUUUGACUACUUUUCUCGACUUACUCCUUUCCCAUGUGGCACAUCCCGUAAAUACUGUGCAGUAGAACCAACUAAUUUGCAGUGAGAAUUUUGUACACUACGUUCACUGCAAAUUGGGUGAAGUGAAAUGAAGUAACAGUUCAGCAUUUUGUGCAGACUCUCAGAAGUUGUACGCUAGAACUGUUUCACUUGAAGAAGUUCAUUUGAUGUGUGCUUUUGAGUUCUGGGAAGGCAGUGGCACACUUUGGAGUAGCAGUGCUACUGUGCGCGCGUGGUCCCUGAGAAUGUUCAGCUUUCUUUCUUUCUCCUCCCAUCCCAGGAACUUUGUUUAGAAUUCAGAUAAGUAGCGCCAUGUACGUUUUCACAAAACUUAGCUUUGGCACUGGUGUUGGAAGCAGUUGUGUGGUGCUAGCACAAGCAGUUUCACAGCCAGCUGUGGCUCAAUCUGAUCUAGACUAAAUGUAACCCACCAGCAAAAGGCUGGCACUGACACUCAUUCCCUGAUCCAGAUCCAGGUAGCAGUGCUGGUGGCAGCAAAGGGGCUGACCAGUGCAGAGGGGGGCCGGGUCUGGGGCUGCAGCUUCAGUAGCUGUGCCUGAGUGGAGCCUAAGAACCUGCAGCAUGCAAACUUGUCCGUUUAAGCCAUUUCUGGGAUUUAAAUAUACCAGAUUACUCGAGACCGUGUUUAAGGGAGGGCACACAAAAGCAGUCGUUAGCAUUUUUCUGGUGCACAAGGGCAGGUGCUAGAGUGGUGGUCUAGCACAAGUGGUGCUAGAAUGACCCUUGGUGUGAGACUGAAGUUGUGAAAUUACCUUAAGUCAAACCUGAAGCGAUUUCCUAUGUAUUAAACAUUUUUGAAGUUUACACUGUCACUUGUAUGUGCUUGGCUGGGUUAAGCUUUGUUGUGAUUGUGACAAAUAAACUUGUUUGACCUUUGUCGUACUGUCCCAUUGGUUUAGUUGUAAUAAAUGUCCAUUUUUACACCGUU